AAGAAAGUGAGCGGCGCCUAAAAGUUCGUCGAAAAGAACUAGCUCGACAAGCACGCUUACAGACGUCGAAAGAGGUGAUGGAGUGGCUUGACGAGUUCAAUUUCGUACAAGCGAGGAAGUUUCCGUGUUACCAUGUUAAGCCCAGGCGAAGCGCUUCAUCUUGUCAGGCAUCUUGGGUCCCGUUUUCCAGGGCAAAAUGAGACCGAAGAUACUGCUGUAGAUGAAAGACCGGCCUGAAUUCUAACUACAAUAUGACCCCUGGCACAGUGCUGGACUCCAUAGACGACGAAGAGCGGCUUCUGAAACUAGUACAGGAUGAAAAGAAGAAGCUUCAGCAAGCCGGCCUUUGGGAGGUUCCUGAUGACUGUGGGCAGCAAAGCUUUUGGGCAAGAUACGAGAUCCGACUAAGGAGCUUUCAGAAACGCCUGGCAACGCUGCGAGUGGCGAAGCAUAGGGCACAGAAGAAGCUGGGAAUUAUAUAGAGCUUUGCACUACUUCGAUAGAUUUGCAUUUAGUCUUCCAGGUAAACUAGGGGAUGGCCUGUGUGUCAAAUAGUAACUCUAAGUCCGGGCGAAGUUGUUAGUUCUGCGAUCUUUGGCUUUGGUCAACGUAAGAAAUCUAUCAAUUGUCGGUGCUCCUGCAUUUCUAAUUUUUUGCGUUUAUUGAAUUUUUUAGUUCCGGGGCAGGAAAAGUCGUGACGAGUCUUCUUAUAGAGUAACUUUCUUUGUCAGGAGCCUCAUUAUAGUUAUACUGGUCGUUGCGCCAGCAAGUUCACUUAAAACCCAACUCUUGCUAUAUUAGUUAUGUGCAGUAUACUUCAGGUUCAGUCUCUAGGGUACUCAGAAUGACGCCGUGGGGAAAGAAAUAUUACCAUACGGAACGCUUGCUAGUGUCUUCUAAUUAUUAAUGCAUUUAAGAAUAAAAAGCCAAAGCAGACCCCAAUUAUAAGAAUUUCAUGAGACAUGUUGAAAAUGUAUAGCCCCAAACAUAAGGACUCCUGAACAGUUCUCGUCUUCUCUCACGACGCAUGCGAUCAGCGCAGCCCUAGACAGUAGUAUCUCGAUUCCCAAAGCCUGUGUAAUAGUAAGUUGUCGGCUUGCAGGAUGAGCGCUCCAGAAAUUAUGGAAAAUAAAUGUUUUUUAGGUAGCACGCAGCUGCUGAUCAUUAUAGUAGCUUUCUCACAUCGGCCAGGCGUAAGAAGGCCGUCAAUUGGAGAGCCGCAUGUUUCCACAAUAGGUCCAGGGUUUGCUUAUAAUAAAUAUAGUGACCAAAUGCAUUCGACUGAAAGUAAGGCACUGGUAGUACUGUCUAUUCUAGAUUUUACAUUUGCUAGCUUAUUCAAUGGACUCACGAGUGCUUCAUUAUAAUUUCUACAGCGUUUCCAUCGUUUCAGUAACUCACACAUACCUUGAUCUCAAGACUCGAUGUUUCUUGGCUGAUGAAGUAUCAAAGAAGUGCAGGCUUCUAUAGCUCAGCAUUAUAGUUUUCUUCUCAUAGACAAUAGGCAUAGAUAGAAGUAUCAGUAAGAGGUGUAAAACAAUAAAAAGACCAACUGUCAUUCACCCGUCUAAAGAAAGACCACGGACUGCUGACGCCAUGUAUAUCUGCUGGAGAGUUUGAAUGUCUACAGCGAUUUGCGACGUAG